CCAAGUCCAAGUCCCAUUCGCAGCGGUGACAGUCGUCAAUCGGUGACCGGCCAUGUUCAAAUAUUUCGCGCUCAAAGUUCUCCCGCUCCUGCUCCUCUUCUACGGCUGCGGCGCGCUUUUGAGCGAUGUCGCCAACCAAGUCGACCCGACCACCAUCGAACCAACCGGUGAGCCAAACACGGAGGCGCCGAUCACAGAUAGGGGCGAUCAAUUCAUGACAACCACACCCACCUCAACGAAUCCGAUUGAAACAGAGACAGAACGAUACUAUCCAGACGAUGAAUUUGAUAAGUUCAGCUUCCCAACGACAUCUUCGACACACGCACCGGGUUUAGGUUUCAUUCCGCGAGACUGUCCGACGGAUCCGCUUCCAGAAGUGUUCCCAGUUCAAAAAUGCGUGAGCGAUAGGGAGUGCUGGCCUCGAAUUUGCUGCAAGAGUGAGGAUCUGUCACAUCGGUACUGCCGAACACCCUUGCCCCUUUGGGAAAAACUCCCUGCUCCCAAGGCAAUAUCCACACCCCUUCAAUCGGCAGUAGCUUACAUGCAAUGUACGCCUCCUUUGCCUAAGAAAUAUGAUCUCUACCCAAAGUUGUGUCGCACAACUUUUGACUGUUUCCCAAAUUUGUGUUGUCAAGAGGGUGACCGAAAAGUUUGCCGACCACCAAAGAAAUCACUUCUGGCUUUAAUUUCAUCAGCUACUCCGCAAGGAAGAAAUAGACGUUGGUUUGGUUGAGAAAUAUUCUCUGUGUGCCAGACAGAACAUGCCUAAAAUUUUUGGAUCUCAGAGGUGUAAAGAACUACAUUGUGGAACAUAGAUCAGCAGAGCUCACAGCUCCCUUUAAGACAUUUGAAAAAAUGUGCGUCCCGAUCCAAUUAGGAACUACAAUUUCUGGCUCAGUUUAGGAACAACAAAUGUGCCAUUAGUUUCCCUAUGCACGUAUGUGUUUUUACGGAUGAGCUAGACAUUUUAGAUCCUAAUUGCAAAAUGUAGUCUAAUUAGAAGCCUUGUAUGAGAAAUGUAUGCUCAUUUUGGUCACACGUCUGCAUCCCAAAGGAUAAAGUGCUUGCCGGUCACUAUUGAUGCAUUUUGAAAUUAUUCUCAUUUUUUCUCCUUUCAGGACUGUAAAUAAUUUCUAUUUGAAACUCAAACAAAGACAAAACUUAUUAGUGAGAGUUGCAAUUUAAUCCUAUAAAAUGUUUGCGCAACUUGAUGUUUGACUUGGUUAGAUCACAGAGCUUUAGAAAUGGAUUAUCCAUAAAAACAGGGACAGUCCUUCCGAGUGAUGGGCGAAUAUGAUAUGAAUUACAGAUACAACAUUCUGAUCUUACUUCAUUCAAGGGAGGAACAGAAACCUCUCUCAUUGUAAAUAGUUGUACGUAGUGUAUUUAAUUGUAAUAUUACAAGCAAAUUAGUUAAGGUUUGUAUGUAAAAAAAAAAUAUUAUACAAGCUCUGUACGUCCUGCUGAAGUAAAACUCAGUGUGCAUGUGUAAAACAGUGCUGACUGACAUUGGUAGGCACUGUUUGAAAAUAGAAUUAUCCAAUGCCGAAU